AUGUUGUGGUUUGAUAUAAAGCGCAGCUUACUGCUGUUGCUCGUAGCUUGCUCUUUGCUGUUGGCGCACGAGCAUAAACUUAAUAAUAUUAUAAGACGUGUGCAUAAAGAGCAAACAGUAAGCACAUUGCUUAUAAUGAAGCAAGCAAAUGAGAGUUGCCCAACUGAUGUGCUAAAGUUGGAAAACCUGCCAGCACUGCGACUCGAUGCAGAAGCGAAAGUUGCUGUUAAAUGGCUCUACAAUAGUGAAGCACUGGCGCUAGUUUGCCUGAAGGAUUCAAGCGGUGCAAGGCUGUUGGAUGCGCUGGCGAGCAACACGUAUCGCAUGCGAGAGUUGCGCAUUAUUAUACUCAUAGAUACAAACAGCUCACAGCUGCUUUAUGCCAUAAGAGAGUAUGCAAAUGAAUAUCACUUUCUACGCUUGCUUGUGCUACAAACAACUGCAAGUGGCACAUUUGUUGUGCAUCGCCUGCAGCCAUUUCCACAAGCAAUACUAGAGCGCAGUGCGCUGCAGCUCGCUGGCUGCAUAUUUCCCACUGUAUGGCGGAACUUUCGCGGCGCCACCGCAUUAUCAACGCAACACAAUUCUCCGCCGGGCAGCUUCAAUUUCACCGAUCGACGCACUGGCAAAGUCAGCCUAAGGGGCAACAUCAACCGACUAAUCAUUGAAUUCGCCAGCAAGUACAAUAUAAAUCUCCGCUUUUUGCCACCUGUCAUAGACAACAAGGAGCUUGGCAGCCAGGAUAUUUGGAAUAUGCUAUCAAGCGGUAAAGUGCACUUCGGCAUGCGUUUUCGUUUCAUCAAUAAUGCAACGCUGCCGCCAAAAGUGGAGCAUGGACUUUUGGGCCUGUCCGUAUUUACCACACGUAGCAGCUCAAGCUUGACACUUAGACAACUCGUGCUGGUAAUGAGUUUUUAUAGUUUAAUUUUUGUGGCCUUGUUCAAUGCUAAUCUAAGUGCUUUGCUUACCAAACGCAUUAAGUAUACGCAUAUUAAGAACUUUGAAGAGUUGGCGCAAAGCAAAUUAACAUUGGCUUUCAAUGAUCGACUGCAGCCAUUUGUAGAAAGUCUGGGUGACAAUUUGACUGCAGGCUUGGACUCAAAAAUCGUCUAUAUGGACUUCAAUAGGCAGCUCGAUUUUAUACAUGCAUGCAACACUAGCAAUGCGUAUGAACUAUUCGAUGAAACAUGGAAUGCAGUUGAUCAUUUUCAAAAAAAUUACAAUCUGCUUGUGUUUUGCAAGCCAGCUGGCCUGCUCUUUAUAGGCGCCUAUCCUUUUGGCCUUGUGCGUAAGCAUAACUCGGUGUUCAAUUUGGCUUUAGAUGAAAGGAUACACCGCAUAAACGACAAUGGCUUGAAUAUACAUUGGAUGCAAGAUUCAAUUAUUGACUACACAUUGCUAAGCGUCUAA